UGGUUCGAUUUGAUCAGACUGUACCACCGUCCGACGGGACUGGUUCCGAACGAAUGGACCCGGAACGGCACUCCAGUGGAAGUCUUCGCACCUAGGUGCGACAAUCGGGACAAUGUUACGUUACGAAGUGCAAUACGGGUUUUUGCAACUGCACCGGCUCUAGCGAAGUGGCGUUGGUUAUAAAUAGGACCCGAUGUAGGUCUAAUGCAACAGUGCAGCAUAAACUAUCGGAAGUACGAGGAUGGUUCCGUUUGUGAAGACCGUUAUUUUAAUGUUUGCCUGUUGCAUCCAAAGGGAUGCACACGCCGAUUCUGACAAAACACAGCCCGGUGAUAAGAUUAUCGGUGGAACGGUCGCCAAGCGUCAUGAAUUUCCAUACCAAAUAUCACUUCAGUGGAAUCUCGGUCCGAACAUCUCCCGUUCACCGAUUCAUUUCUGCGGUGGAUCAUUGCUCAACCGAAACUGGGUCCUAACGGCUGCUCACUGUCGGGUUCGGUACACAAAGCGAGGCUGGAUCGAAGUGGUGGCCGGCGAACAUGACACCACCCGCUUCGAAGGAAAUGAGCAACGCAGGAAGGCCGCCAAAUUCAUCGGCCAUCGGAGUUACUGCGGUGGCGUUUGUCCCUUCGAUAUUGGUCUGAUUCAAGUGAACAAACCGUUCGAACUGAAUGAAAUGGUAGCGGUAAUCACUUUGCCGAAGCAGUACGAGCAGUUUUCUGGCGAUUGCAUCGCGACCGGUUGGGGUUCAACGUCCACAACGGACCGACCGAUGUAUCCGGAUAAACUGAGAAAAGCUGUCCUCCCGAUAGUGGACUUUAAAACAUGCUACAAGUUUUGGUUCCAGGACGGUAACCCGGACGCUCUCUCCAAUACUUGUGCUGGGCCGGAGGAUGGCUCGCGGAGUGUGUGCUCCGGUGAUUCUGGGGGUCCGCUAGCGAAGUUCGAUAGUAAACGCAACAAGACGGUCCUGGUUGGUGUUGCUUCCUGGGGGGCGAUUCCCUGUGGCAUGGAACAAAAACCAGCGGUCUUUACCACCGUGGCGACUUACGUGGAUUGGAUCAAGGAGAACAUGAGAUGAGCUCGGUAGAUGCUGUGUUGAUUUACGGGAGCGUCCUAUUUAUUGAUUAUUUAUAAGACUGUUUUAUGAUCCAUUCCAUCACAGUGUGUCAAUAUUUCAUUGUUGUCGAUAGAUAUUAAAUAAUAUGACGAAUAUAAUAGAUUUGAAAUAAAUGCAGUGAUAGUAAAAUUUAA